GAGAUUAGACUUUGCAUUCAAUUUGCAGUAAAUUAGGCUAAAAAUGGAUAAAUUUGCCAUUGAUUUGGACAGUAUUCUCGAUGAACUCGAAGAGACUGAAGACUCGACGGAAGUGAGAGGACAUCCGCCAUCGCUGGUGAAGAUCGCGAGUGACAACACUUUCGGCUACAAUAAGACUAACUUCUCUUCGCUUCAGACCUACGCCGACGACACGACUGUCCGCUCGGCCGCCGACGCCAUCGCGUGCUCCACAUCUUCGGCGCCCAACACGUCAUACAAAAGGCAUUUAUUAUCGUCUUAUAUGGAGAGCCAUACUCUGGAGUCGUUGGACUCGUCUGAAGCGGACUUCGGAAUUAGUGUCAAACGGAUGGAUAGCGAGAGUAACGGAGCCUUAGAUCUAAAGAACGGAAGGACUACUUAUGGUGCAGACAAUGGUCUCAAGGAAUCCGUCGAAAAGAAUCGAUUGAUUGCUUCGCUGUUAGAGAAGGCGAAGUGGAAUACAGAAGGAGUGACACCACAGAUGACUGAAUACGACACCACUUCCAGCGAUGAAGAGGUUUCCGAUGAAGUGCUUUAUGUGUCGAUCGACCAAAAGAGUGAUACCAAUGAUAACACGAAUCUAAUGGACUCUGAAUUGAUGUCAAACGAUAACAUUGAACAACAGAUCGAUAUAAUGAUAUUGCCCUCCAAUUCAACACAAUUACCAUUUGAUGACAAUAUGACACAUUUGAUUGAAAAUGUUUCACAAAAUAAUUGCUUAGAUCUGAACGAAUUGGAAGAGAAUAUUAAUGAAUCGGAUUCUGUGGUGACUGAAGAGGUACCGGUAAUGCAAGAUCUUAUAGAUAAUGAGAACAUUGAGUCAGAAGUUGUGAAUGAGUUAAGUGAAGAACCGUCUGAAGAGAUUGAAUUGGAAACCGAGUGUCAAACGGAUGUGAUGUCUGAAGAGAAUGUGAUAAAUGAUGACAAAUGGGAAUCGGAUUCAAUCACAAACAAUAUCGACAAUUCAUUAAAUGUUAUGAAAUUCAAUGAAAUUGAAGUCAACAUCGAUGAGUUGACUGAACAAGAGAUUAAUGAAUAUUUAAGUGAAUUCGAUGACAAUUAUUGUGAUGGCAAUGAAGUGAUUGUCUCUAAUAUCAGUGCAGAUGAAAUUGGAACCAAUGUGUCCAAUAUAAACAUCGAAGCAAACAGUGAUCCAACAAAUAAUGACUUUUUGAAUACAACUGAUAGGGACAUAAACUCCAUGAGUCAGUCGACGUCCAGUGUUUCCAUUGAAGAUAACGAUAAAAUUAGUGAUAUAUCGGACUUCGAUGUGAGCCAUCAAACUAACCAUCAAACUAACCAUCAAACUAACCAUCAAAAUAAUACUUUCACACAAAUCCAACAAAAUCACAACAAUUGCAUUGAUAAUCAAAACGAAAGUAUUCCGGAAAUAGAAGAAGACAUUCCUUCGCGGCAUAACCGACCGAAUACUCUGCCGAUCGCUUCCAAUGCGAUAAAUGUGAUGAGUGUUGCGGCUAAUGAAGAGCUUAUUGAUAACUCUGUGGAUCAGAUAAAUGAUGAGAAUAAUAACGACAAUAAUAACAAUGAGACUAAUAAUAAUAAUAAUGUGCCAAAUGAUGAGGAUUUAAUACAAAACGGUGUACCAAACGGAGAGAUUAGUGAACAGAACUUAACUCUUGAUCUGAAUGGAGAAAUAUCUGAGGGUUUGGCCGAAGACUUAGCACUUGGAUUGAGUGAAGACGAGCAGAUGUUAGGAAAAGUGAAGCCCUUUUGGAUUCCCGAUAAUGAGACACAGAUGUGUAUGCAUUGCGACAUCAGAUUUAAUCUCAUUAAGAGGAGACAUCAUUGCAGGGCGUGCGGCAAAGUGUUGUGUUCCCAGUGCUGUAAUUGUAGAGCAAAACUAGUGUAUUUGGACGGCGAAGUGGCCAGAGUUUGUCACGUCUGCUAUUCAACAUUAGCUCGAAUCGCUGCAAUUGAGAGAAAUGCAAACGAUAUGAACCAAUCGAGUCCUUCCACUUUAAGACCUGAUAAUCUGUAUCCCAAUUCGGCUUCUGGACCGUCCUCUGCCUCUAACAUGAGAAGUCCUGAUCCCAACAAUCCGUCGGAGUAUUGUUCAACAGUCUCCCCAUUAGAACAGGAACAGGAUCUCAUGAACCGAAUGCCGCCCACUGUUAUGGUUCCCGUCGGCGUUCUCAAGAGAGGCGAUCGGCCUAAAGGAGAGCCCAAACAAGUGGUCUUUUCUGACGGCAUACGUCCCGGUGGAGACCUGACUGAAACCAGUGGUGAGGGCACAAGCAGUUUAACAUUCUUGCGGCGCACCGGAAGAAUACAACACAAACUAAAGUCACCCCCCGUUGAGAACGUACCUGCAGUUCAAAUCCCUACCACUUCUGCCAAAUCUAAGGCCAGUCGUAUUAGUGAGGUGUGGACUUUUGCCUCGAAAGGUAUGGCCACUAUAGGUCAGGACGAGAUUCUCGUCACUUUAGAACGUCUACCAGAAGAAGAUACCUUUCCCAGAGAUAUAUUCCGGUUAUUCACAACUGUUUACGACAGCGCCACUAAAGGCAUGCAUUACUGUCAUCUAUUCUUUCCGGACGGACUGUUUGGCCACAAAGACAACAGUGGGUUCCUAUUUGCGCGCCCGACCCUCCAGUGCUUUAGUAAUUUAGUGCUGCCGUCACCCCCUUUCCUAUUGGCUAUACUUAUACACAAAUGGGAGAUUCCGUGGGCGAAGGUCUUUCCCAUCAGAUUAUUACUACGUUUGGGAGCAGAAUAUAAAUACUACCCGAGUCCUAUAGUGAGCUACCGGUGCCGUAAGCCUGUGUAUUGCGAAAUCGGGCACACGAUUAUGAAUGUUUUGGCUGAUUUUCGAAACUUUCAGUACACUCUUCCAACUGUUUCUGGACUUACCAUUCAUUUGGAAGACAAGAAAAUAACAGUUCAUUUGCCACGAAAUCGUUAUGAAAAGGUGCAGAAAGUGGUGACAAACAGCAACGAACACGUAUUGGCUUUCGGCGCCAACUUUAGCCUUAAAGCGGACUCGCAUUUGGUUUGCAUGCAAAACGAUGUGGACGGACAGUACCAAACCCAGUCCAUUAACAUCGAAGGGGCUGUGCGUAAGACAACGGGCGCCAGUUUUAUUGUAUUCAGUGGAGCCCUCAAGUCGAGCACUGGACUCACUGCCAAAAUGUCUAUCGUUGAGGACGGACUGCUCGUUCAGAUCCCUCCCAACACAAUGACUCAAUUGAGGAAUUCUAUUAAAGACAUGAAAGACUAUGACAUCAAAUGUGGUAAAAUUGAUUCACUGCCAGAAGAGGUGAUACAUAUGUCGUGGGCUGAAGAGGACAUGACUGUCAAUCUCGGCGUCCGAAGUCCUAUUGACGCUACAAAUUUGGAGGGAAUUCAAAGCAUACGAAUAUACAACGGAACCGAUUAUACAAACAAUAAGUUUGUGAUCCGAUGGACAGAAGUGUUUUUUCUUCACGUCAAUGAAAACAGUCGGAGGAAUGAUUCGUUAGACUCGAGUAGAUUAGCCGAAAUGAUAUCUCAAGCAUUUUGUUUGGCAUUGAUUUCGUGUUUGGAUCAGUUGUUUGACAGCGGGUGCACUAAAAUCGGUUUAAGAAUUAAUUUGGAUUCCGAUAAAGUAGGAUACGAAGUGGGAAGCAAUGGCACGUCUCUACCGCCCCAAUACAGCACUGAAUUGGACGGCGCACUCAUACCUGUCAUUAUGGACAACAUCUCGACCGGCAUUGAAGACCAACUCGUUAUGGAAUUAUUUGUCUUGUUCACACCGAUGGAUUCGUUCAAUGAUUUAGCGGCGAAUGGCGGACAUAAUGGGCAACAAAUGGCACAAAUGAGCGCUGAGUCGACGGCUAGAGUGCGACCGCCAUCCUCGCACUACCUGACAGACCAUAUGCCGCCUCAACACAGAACUCAUUACAACUCACCGCCUCAGGAGACACAGAUGAGACGACCGAACACUUCGUACAACGACUCGAUCAGUGAACUCACAAAACAAACCAAUUUAUUGUCGUUUGGAGUGAACGAUAAAAACAAUUACAACAGUAUUGGCGGCGCAGGAGAUCUCAGCAACAACUCGUGGAUUGCCUCAGAACCCAAAGGACAGUCCUCUCAGAGUGUUUCCAGCGGUUCAAUGAUGGGCCCACCGGACAGCAAGUUAUCUCCUUUUGCCAAAGAAUUCAUACCGCGAACGACGAUGAGUUACCCUCAGGCCCCAUCCGUGUCCAACGGCUGGAACGCCAAUCCCGGUCGUGUGGAUCCAGUGGACAGAGACUUCGAUGACUUCAUUGCGUGCACUUAUUUGAGGGAAUUUAUCGAUACGAUUACUAUUAAACCGAAUAAAUAUGACUCAGGAAUCGCUUACUUGACUGAACUAAUCAACAGUUACAUCGACGAGGACGACGAGGUCCUCGUAACCAUUGUCAACAUUAUUGUCGAUCAGGCAAUCGUUGAUCCGCAGUUCCGUUACAAUGGAGUCCGUCUUUGCACUUAUUUCAUGGAUCACUUGAUAGAGUUGUCUGAAGACAAGACUUUCAAACUCCUCCUCUUUAAACGGUUGCUAUUUAUACAGUAA